CCUGUAUCCUCCCAGCAGCUGCACGGUGAGAGCCAUCAGGCGCUGCUCCUGUCACGGUCAUCCUUUCUGUGUACCCCUUCAAACAAUGUUAUCUAUAUUCUGCGCGGCUCUAAACCGUUCAUCGACUGCUAAACCCACGGCUUUGGAUUGAGUCUACCGUCUACAGUUUGCCAUGGCGACGGUGGUGAUGGAGCAGAUCGGUCGCCUGUUCAUCAACGCGCAGCAGCUGCGUCAGAUCCCUCAGCUGCUGGAGUCGGCCUUCCCCACGCUACCUUGCACUGUGAAGGUGUCCGAUGUUCCCUGGGUGUUCCGCGAGCGACACAUCCUCACCGGCUACAGACAGCCGGACCAAAGCUGGCGCUACUACUUCCUCACCCUCUUCCAGAGGCACAAUGAGACCCUCAAUGUGUGGACCCACCUGCUGGCCGCCUUCAUCAUCCUGGUGAAGUGGCAGGAGCUCUCGGUGACGGUGGAUUUUUUGCGAGACCCUCAUGCUCAGCCCCUCUUCAUCGUCCUCCUGUCGGCCUUCACCUACCUCUCCUUCAGCGCUCUCGCUCAUCUCCUCUCUGCCAAGUCCGAGCUCUCCUACUACAGCUUCUACUUCCUCGACUAUGUGGGGGUCGCGGUCUACCAGUAUGGCAGUGCCUUGGCGCACUACUACUACGCCAUAGAGAAGGAGUGGCACACUCGAGUGCAAGGGCUCUUUUUACCCGCUGCAGCAUUCUUGGCCUGGCUUACUUGCUUCGGCUGCUGCUACGGCAAAUACGCGAGCCCUCAGUUGCCAAAGUUCGCCCUCAAGCUCUGCCAAGUGGUGCCCUCUGCCUUGGCUUACUGCUUAGACAUAAGCCCUGUGGUUCACCGCAUCUACAGCUGCUACCAGGAGGGCUGCACCGACUCAGUCGUGGCGUACCAUUUCUACCACGUAGUCUUUUUCCUAAUCAGCGCCUAUUUCUUCUGCUGCCCACACCCGGAGAGUUUGUUCCCCGGGAAGUGUGACUUCAUCGGGCAGGGCCACCAGAUCUUUCACAUAUUCGUGGUGGUGUGCACCCUGAUGCAGAUCGAAGCGCUGAAAACAGACUUCACAGAGCGCCGCCCCUUCUACGAGCGCCUUCACGGCGAUCUCGCGCACGAUGCCGUGGCGCUCUUCAUCUUCACUGCCUGCUGCAGUGCUCUUACCGCUUUUUAUGUGCGCAAUCGUGUCCGUGCCUCGCUGCACGAGAAGGAGGAGUAAGAGUUUAAAAAGAGUAAAAAAAAAAAAAAAGAAAAAGUCUAAUUUAUUUUACUGACCAUUCAUUAAAAAUAAACUCAAAUGUUUUUGUCAAUGAAGGUUAUCAGUUUAAGCGAGUGACUUUUCAUUAUUUCUUCUCUAUGUGAUCUGCCAAACUACAGUGAGCUAAAAAACAAAAAUGUAAAAGUGAUUAAUGGUGUGUUUUUUGUGACUUAUAAUGAUGAAAAGAGAAUCUUAUGUUUUGUCUGUAGCGAUACAGGUAGUACUUUAACACUGCAAAGAGUCCCUGCAUUUUAGAAGUCUGUUUCUAGUCAUUGUCUAAGAGAAUGCGGUUUUACUUCACCGUACAAGAACACUUUCUGUCGAGGUGAGCAGAACAAGGAACAGACGAGUUUCCUAAAAUGCCUUUUACCUAAUCGUAUCUACAACAAUCUGACUGUCUUAAUCAAAUUGUAGCAUUUCAAAUCAUGACGCAAGCAUUUAUUUUUUACAAUUUACAAGUCCAAUAACACUUUGUAUAUUUCAGCCAGAUGCCAAUUCAGAUCCAAUUUAAACUGCUGGUCUUGAGACACAUUUGAUUCUGCCCCUCUCUUUAAGGAUCAAAACAGAGAUUUUCUUUCUUCCUUUUUUUACUAUCAAGGCGCUAACACUAAUGUUUGAACAUAUUCUGGGAAAGUUGAGAACCCAAUUUUAAAACCAAAUAUUGUACCUCUCAUUAAACAACAAAAAAAAGGAGAUUUUCUUUCUUUGGGUGAUGACAUUCUGUUGAACUAUUUUGCAAAUGAGGCUGGCACUCAGUAAUGGUUAAGAGAUAGAUGGAAGAUUACUGAUGUCGCUUAGUUUUGACGGUGUUGAUCUUUUUAUUUUAUUUUUUAUUCAAAGGGCUGGAACUUCAGCUUUUGCCUUUUCACAUCCCAUGAUGUCAAAGCUUUUCAGCUCAUUGUUUUAAUCGUCGGUUGAUCAGAUUUGACACGCAAAAAGCCACCUGGCAGGUGUUCUGCUUUUGGUAUGUUUUUGUUUUGUAUGAUGAAUAUGUAUGUGCCUCUAUGCAUGUCUUUUGGUAUGUACUGUGGAUAUUAAGUGGGUGAAUGUCUAUGAAAGCUUAGCCUUGCACUUCUUUCUUACCCUGUAAAUAAGCUGUAUUUCUCUAGAACGUCGCUUGCAUCCCAUUUUCUCUCCGCCUAAUAGCACUCCCAACUGAAUGCGUAUUCUCUCUCGUGGAAUACGGCACAUUCCGGUUUUGAUACGUUGUGUUCAGUGUCCAGCUGCCUGUCAGACUUUAAAUGACUAUGAAUACAUCAUUUCAUACUGCCGCACUGUUAAUCGACGAGUCCUGAUGGGUUAUUUUUUUCCUCUUAGUUUGAUGACUUUUGUUAUGAAAAUAUCACACAGAUAUGGCUCACUGAUAAUGUUGCUUAGGUUUUUACCUCACAGAAAUCUUUAAAUGUCAGAAAUGAACUAUAUUCAUUACAGCGCUCUCUGUUUAAUGUGCCAAUGAAUCUGUUAUUGCUUCAGUGAUGGCACUACUGAGAGAUGGAUCCAGAGACGGACUGUCAGGAGUUGGUUUUAAAUGAUGUCUUGACCUGACUGCGAACAUGUUACCGCUGCCACUCCCCUAAAUAUGAAACUUUUAAACUUUGGCAUUACUGACCUUGUCUCAUCAUGCACUGCCUGAAAUCAACACUGUAUAUACUGUAGCUGACAACACUGGCUAUGUUUACAUGCAUGGAGGUAUCUGCUGUCAAUGUGGUUAUUCUGGUUUUGUGUUGACUCUUAGAAAUGUCAUUCCGAAUAACCCGGAGAAACCUGCGUGUAGACGCCUCCCUUGUUGGGAUCGGUUAAAAAAAACUAAAUUGAGGCUCUUGUGCACAAGGCUGAUUUUGUUCAUGUAGUCAAAUGCUUCACUGGGAGGCUUCAUCGCAGGCUAAUGAUAUCCGAUUGGCAAAUGAAGCCUGCAAGUCUCUCACUAGCCUUGCUAGUCAUGCCUGUGACAUGAGUUUAUUGUCCUGACCAUCAAAAGAGCCAAAAAUAUGACUACUGGGGUUAUCAUCUCUUACCCACGUGUUGACGAUGACCUGGACUGUUCAGUCAGGAAAGGGGGCAGUGGGAAAGUGAGAAGUAUUGUUUGCUAAAUGAAGUGUUUGUCGCAACAUGAUACUCUGCCACAGAUUAUCUAGGUUGCAUGCCAAUUAUACCUGACGAAGAUGGUAACUGGAAUAUGGCCAGCACUCUUUACUGUAUAAGUGAAUUUGUUUGUAAACGUAGCCUCUGAUGCCACCCAAGGUUUCCCUUUAUGAAAGCAGGGUGAGAGGGACCAGAAUGUCUUCUGCCUGUGUGACUGUACUAAUAUUCUGUUGUAUUUAAGAAAAUAAAGUGUUACAGUAACUUCAAA